AUGGCUGACUCUGCAACGGGUGAGGAGCUCCUCCGACCGGUGCCCCGCGAGCAGGCCAUCUUGGAAAGCUUCUUUACGCAACUAGGCAUGUUCUCCUUCGACCGCGCCAAGGACUACGUGGAGAAAGAAAAGGACAACAGCAGCCGCAGCUCCGGCGCCGUGUGGACGGCGCUGCUGGCCGCCAUGGCUCACCUGGCCGCCGCCGAGAAGGCUUACCACAACAUGACCUUCCUGGGACAGAAAAUGGGAGGUCAGUCAUUCUUCAGCCGCAAGGAUUCCACGCGCACCAUCUACACGUCCCUUCACAAUGAGCUGCGCAAGGUGGUGGCGUCGGGGCGGCACGGCCAGCCGGCGUCGUACCUAGAGGAGCUGCUGUGCCACCUGGCCGAGCAGCUCUGCCACUUUGCGCAGGCCCGCGUGGACAUGGCCGAGCUCUACGAGAAGAUGCACGCGAUGGCCGCGCAGAAGAAUGUAAACAGCGAGGCUCUGGCGAACGCGCUGGACGCCGUCACGAACAAGUACAGCUCCAAGUUCCACCACCCGAUUCUGGGCCGCUUGGAGGAAAGCUUCCAGACGGAGGCGGAUGUGGUGACGCAGCUGCUGCGAUGCCAGGCGCAGGUGUCCGAGUGGCGAUUCCUGCCCUCGCUGCUCAGCCUGCACGGUGCCGCCGCCAAGCUGGCGGCGUGGGGUCAGCUCUUCCAGCGGCAGAAGGAAACGCGGAAGCAUCUUUUCGGAGGUCAGUCCCAGAAAAGCGUCCAGCCGCCACACCUGUACCUUUGGCUGCAGCGCUUCCAGUCAUCCCUCUUGGCCAAGUUCAGCUUCUACUUCCACGAGGCGCUAAGCCGGCAGACGGCGCCGGCCGACAUGCGUGCCUUGACGGCGCGCGCCGCCCCCGACUACCACGGCAAGAUCUGCUCGUUCGUGCGUAAGCACGACGCCGGCAGCGUCUCGCUGGUGUUCGACAACCGCGGCUCGGCCAGUUUCCAGGGCCACGGCUACCACCACCCGCGCUCUUACCGGGAGGCCCCCAAGGGCGUGGAACAGUUCCCCGCCGUGGUGUCGCUGCCGUCGGGUGAGCGCCCGCUCGCGCACUGGCCCAACGUGGUGAUGAUGAUGGGCGACCGCGCCGCCGAGCUCAACGCGCCGGACAAGGUGGUGCACUUUUACGACGACAAGGUGCAGAGCACCUACUACCUGGCUCGGCCCGAGCCGCAUUUUACGUUGGUGGUUAUCCUGGACGGCAAGAAGUCUGACAGGGACCUCAACGUGGUGGCCUUCCUACAGGAGAUUUGCGCCUCGCUGCGCAACUCCAAACCCUUCGCCAGCCUCAAGCCGGGGUCCAAGGGCUGA